UGCGCUGUCAGUCGUGUAGCAGCUUUUCCAGCUCGUUUUUCGAAUUUUUCCGUUCCACCUUAAAUGGUGCGGUGUAUUAUUGGAACGCCUGAGACGCCAGAGAGUACCUGCCGCACCAUUUAAGGUGGAACGGGGAAUUCGACAGCAGGAUGAGUGUGAGUAAAGGUGUGGUGAGCGGAAUCUCCUCCUGGGUCUGCACCUCCAGCUCGCAGCUCUCAGACAUCAUCAGCACCCUGACAGAACCAGAGGAACCGCCUGCUGUACAGUGUGAGCCAGUCUGUCUCGAGUGUGCUGAGGAAGGCUCACCGUGUGUCAUCACGCUGCUGUGUAACCCAAACUCUGGGGCCGUAAUCAGCCGUGUUUUUAUUGUUAGUGAGGCACGCACUAUAGAGGUGUAUUCUCUCUCUGGAGAUUACUGUGGCACCUGCAGAGGGGAGGAGGAACAGAGAUGGCAGAGCGGCAGCACUGGGGAGAGGAAACCCUUCUACAGGAGUCAGCUGGUGCUGGAAAGCCCGCUAGCUUCGUGUGAGGUGAAGCUGCUCUCUCUUGGUGGGCGCUCGGCGGUGAGCGUGGCCCAGGUGACUGUAGGGCUGCAGUUCCUCGAGGCCACUCAUUGCCCUCUGGGCGCAAGCCCAGGCAUCGACCUUCAGCGCGUCCAGGCCAUGAUGGAGCAAAUGGGAACAACCCUCUCUCCAGGAGCUCAGAACCUGAUGGAAAUGGUGCAGUUUCAGCAGAAGAGUAAAGCAGAUGUCCUUGGUGGUUUCCUGCCUCUGCUGAUGGGUGGAGGUGCGCUGGCCUGCCUGGCUAAAGGCUCACCGUUCUCUCCAGACUCUGUGGCCAUGGGAGAAUUAAGCACAGCAGCACUUGUAGGUCAAAACCCGGAGUCAGAAACCCAUCAUCCUCCAUCCCUCAGCAACCAGAGCAGCGUUCCAGACGCUGUGUCAGCCCUGCUAGCUGCUCAGGCCAGCCAGCAGAGCCCAGUUAGUCCUGACCUGCUUCCUUUGUUGCAGAGCGUAUGUGGUCAAGUCUCUCAGCUCCGUCUGGACGCGGUAAACUCACCAGAGAAGAGGCGGAACGGAGAGCGGGACGACCACAUGUGUUGUGGAGGUCUAGAGAAGGCCCUGGAGAGGGUUGUGGAGAAGCGUAUGGAGGAGCUGGAGAAAAGGCUGAAGGAGCACAUGGACUUGCGUCUGGACGCCCUUCAGAGGAGACUGGAGCUCACACUCCAACAGGCCCUCACACACCUGCCAAACCCUCAAUAACCUGCGGCACUCUUAACCAGGAACAGCCAGCGGCUAAUAUUGAGCUUGCAGAUGCUUCAGUGGGAGGCUGCUUUCUGAGGAAAGUCUUACUAGCUUGGCAGAGCAAACUGUUUCUAACCUUUACAGUUUGACCACAAGUAAUGUCACUAACUUCUGUGGCUCACUGUAAACAAGCGUUUUUAACAGGAGAAACGUUUGUGGUUCCACCACAGGAACUUGUGGACCUUCACGGUUUGAUUUAACUUAUCCUAAAACUUACAGACAAGGAGAAGGACCUUUCUAACAGUGUUGGCUCAUGAUGGAGACUCACUAAUCUACGUUAAAAAUCACUGACACUGUACUGUUUAUUGAACUGACUGGAGCUAAACAUUCACUUACUCCAGCGAGCUGCUGGCACAGAGUGAUGGACACUGACUGCAACUGUGGACUGACUGUUCUUACAACUGUUUGUUUUUCUUACGUGACUCAGACAUUACCGUCUAAUGCUGCUAUGAAAAUGUUUGUAAUAUCCUGUUCACUGUAAGUCUGCUCAGCGAUCUGCUUUUCAUGUUUGGUUUAAACUUUUAAAUCUUUCGGGAAAAGCCUGGUUUUAUGCACAAGGCAACUGCACUAAUAAUGUUGAUUUCCAGGAUCUGCACCAGACUUUUUGAGGUGGAAAUUCCAAGAUUUUCGCAUAAUUAAGCGGCCAAGAUGUAUUCAAAGUCAUUCAGAGCGAUUUGGUGUGAAGAGCUCCGUUCUAGAGAAACAUAGUAAGAAUUGUUCACAGUGGAGGUGAUGGGAACCAGACGUCCACCUCUAAAAGCUCCCUCACAGAAAGUUACUACAUGGUUAUGAAUAUGCUGCCUGAUGACACUGUGUUAUGAUAGUUUUGUGUUAGGAUGUUGGCGUAAAACAUGUAGGUGCAUGCAGGUUGUUGGUAGGCAAACAAGUUCCCCUCAGGUUUAUCGUUAUUUUAUCAUUCUAAACAUUUCAUAAAAGCUCGGAAGGCAGGUGUAGCUCCACUGGUGCUUUUGGAUGGUAAGUAAAAUGGUUAUAUUUGCUUCGUAGACAUUGCAACCCCUGGUUCCUCUCACUAGGGUCCUCUAGAACGGAGCCUUUCACAUCAAAGCACUCUGAUUUUACGUCUCAACCACUGAAUUAUGCAGAAGAUGCCUCUUUAAAGUCAAACAAGUCUGACACAACUCAUUGAUUUAAAUGUCAAGUUGAGCCCAAAAGGAAAGUCAGUAGUGUUGCAGCUCUGUAGGAUCAGAAUUUGGAAGGUCUGUCUCACCUUCACCUUAGACAGGGUUAUGGAGUUUCAGCUCAGCCUCUGUUAAGCCAGGUUUAGAUUCUCAAACUAUGACUAAUCUUCAUGCAUGUGCACAACAGCAUGAUGCGUAUGGCGAACAGCCAGUUGUGAGAAAUCUGAGGAGUCGAACGGCUUAUUUUCCAAAGAAAGAAGAAAUAAUAGUACGUAAAAAUACAGCACUGUGCGAAAGUCUUAGGCACCCAGGACACAUUUUCAAAAUCUAUUUAUUUGUGUAGUUUGUGUUUAUUUGCUGAGAAAAGUGUUAAUAUU